AUGUCACUUUGCGAUCUCGCGUCCCAAGUCACGGAGCUCUACCCCGACUACGAAGUCCCGAAAUUACCUGAGGACACGCAACUUGGGCUGGUGAGGGUGGAGGCGGUGCCGAAGAAGCUGAUGGCACUGGGCCUGCAUUUCACUCCUUUGGAAAAGAUCAUCAAGGAUGCAGUGGAGAGCCUUCGGAGAAGAGGAUGCAUCGCCUGA